ACACCGCUCUUUUUGUUGUGUAGAACCACCGAUUUAAUGAUGGAGGAACAGUAGCAGAGACAACACGGAAGACGUCGAGGAAAACGCCGCCGGUAUGGCGGCCGUCUUUGGUUUUAAAGGCUGCCAGAAAAUUCGAGGUCCGCAGAUUAGGAACCUGCUGGAGGCAAAGGACUUCUUCCUCUUCGACUGUGACGGAGUCAUAUGGCACGGAGAGAAGGCGAUUUCCGGCGCCACCGCCGUGGUCAAUUCGCUAAUCCGCCGCGGUAAAAACGUUUUUUUCGUAACCAACAACUGCACCAGGCCCCGGGAGAAUUAUGUGCUCAAGUUCUCCAGGCUGGGCUUUAAUGGUGUGAUACUGGAGCAGAUUUUCAGCUCGUCCUACUGCUCGGCCCUUUACUUGAGGGACGUGGUGAAGGUCCGCGGUCAGGUGUUCGUCAUCGGCUGCGACGGACUGCGCAGAGAGCUGCUGCAGGCGGCCAUCCCCUGCGUGGAGGAGGCGGAUGAUCCCGGCGCCACCAUCUACGACUGUCCCCUGGCUGCGAAUGUCAAAGCGGUGCUGGUGGGACAUGAUGACAAAAUGACUUUUCUAAAACUGGCCAAAGCCUCGUGUUACCUGAGAGACCCGGAGUGUCUGUUCCUGGCCACUGAUAAUGACCCCUGGCACCCGCUUUCCGGGGGGAGGAUCCUGCCAGGUUCUGGAUCCCUCACUGCAGCACUGGAAGUAGCCUCGGGCCGCAAGGCCACUGUGAUCGGCAAACCCAGCCGCUUCAUGUUUGAGUGCAUCUCCAGUCAGUUCAGUGGUGUCGAUCCCGCCCAGUGCCUGAUGGUCGGGGACCGCUUGGAGGUCGAUAUGCUGUUCGGCUCCAACUGUGGGCUGGACACCAUGCUCACUCUGACGGGUGUGUCCCAAAUAGAGGAGGCCCAGGAGUACAGGAAUAGUGAGCUGACCAGCAACCACAGCUUUGUACCAGACUAUGUGGUAGAUACUAUAGCUGACUUCUUACCUGCUUUCGAGGAACUGGAGGAACAGAGCAGUUAAAUCUGAUGUGCAGACUGCAUCUACUUUAUCUUCAAGUGCAAUGUUUUAGUCUGCCAUUUAUAGAAUAAUAAAAAAAGAACAUUCCAAUCUAGGCUAAUCCAAAAUCAUAAAUGCCCUUUGGAACCAAUCGGCUGUUCAUACAAAGUCAUGCAUAGACCAGAAUAUUCUCCUCAAACUGACCCACAGGUUAACUGCAUUUUUCAGUGUUUCCUAUAGUGUCGUACAUACUCGUGACUUUGUUUGUACAUUGUUGUUUAUAUCAAUAUAUGAAUAAAUAGAUAAAGAGA